ACCAAAUCAUGAUGUGCGAUCCGGUAUGCCUUAUGCGAAGACGCAAUUUUCUCAAGAUAAUCAGUCAUUACACAGCAGCGAUACAAAGAGUGCUGCAUGGUGAGGGUAAAGGCAUCAGCGUUGACGAAGAGCUUCUUAGAUAGCGCAAUACCUUGUGCCGUUGGGAAGACAGCUCAAGUCCACUGUAUUCCUAGUAUACAGGCCGCUAUAACAGGGCCACACCGCUGAAGUUCAGGUACCCUCCUAUCGGGUACUCAUGGGCUCCAGAUCAGGCAAGUAACCAUCCCACAAGCCACAACUCCAGCCUCACCUCCACCCGCCAUCGCUGACGCAGCUUGAACGUCCAUCCACGCCGACACCGAUAUAGCUUCCAAUUAAUACAGGAAUACUCCCAGCAUUUCGAGUCGCACGGACAAACACCAACACCAACACUGAGCUGAUAAUACCGAAUUACCAAGAUGUCAAUUAUCCAGCAGCAUACGAGCGCGACGCUCGGUGACGCCUGGCGCACUAUCAACAUCGACGCCUUGAACGAAGACUCCAGCGUCAAUUUCGACACCUCAACUCUGCACCCCCCACAGCCCGAGAUCGACGAGGCGGAAGUGCGACAGCUUUCUGGGCAGAUCAGACAGCUUCUGAGAGGCGGUGAUGCUGAGGGAGCUUUGAGGGGCAGCUUGGAGACGCCAGUAUACAACGGAACGGAUGCCGCCAAGGAUGCUCACUUGCAUACCAUCAUUGAGGUCCUUCAGUCGAUUAAGGCAAGCGACAUGUCCCCCUUGCUGAAAAGCAUCUAUGGAACUGAGGGCGGUUCUGAGUGCUUGGAUGUCCUGAUGAAGUAUAUCUACAAGGGAAUGGCCACGGUUCACCCUGGAACAGCUUCGCGAUCACCGAACAAGGUUACACCUCAAUCGACAGGAGGUUUCAGCCAGAUCGCCGGACGACCUGGCUCGAACGAGCCCGCAACAGCAGCCAUGAGCGUGCUCCUGAGUUGGCACGAGAAGGUCGUUGAGGUCGCUGGUCUGGGAUGUAUCGGCCGAACAAUGACCGACUGGCGAAAGGUUUAGGGGCCAGAUACGUGUUCGCGAUGAUGAGCGGUCAAGAAUACAUAGAAUCAUGAACCCAAUUCAUAAGCCGCAGAGUAAAACCCCGUCCGCGGAACAUAGCUCUGAUGUUACAUUAUUUACAUCAU